ACAAACCUAACGCUGAGAGAAAGAGUUUCUGUGGAGGAAGAAGACGGCUAAAGCCAUGAAAGAGGAAGCUACGAGCAGAAACGGGAAGAGGAAGAGACAGCGAAACCCUAAAACUCCUAAAGAAGAGCCUAACGAGACACCCAAGAACCAAAACAACGACAAAAAGCGUCAAAGAGAUACCAAAACCCAUAAAAGCAACCAACAUGGAGGAUCUUCAGCUUUGUCGAAACGACCUAAACCUUCCAACUUUCUCGACACGCUUCGUGAGAAACUAUCAGGAGGGAACUUCAGGAGGCUCAACGAGAAGCUCUACACUUGCUCUGGAAAAGAAGCUUUAGACUACUUCAAUGAAGAUCCAACCUUGUUUGAUAUGUAUCAUACAGGUUAUCAGCAACAGAUGACAAAUUGGCCUGAGCUUCCUGUCAACUCCAUUAUAAGUUGGUUAUCGUCUCGAAGCUCUUCUUUAGUUGUGGCUGAUUUUGGUUGUGGUGAUGCAAGAAUUGCAAAGAGUGUGAAAAACAAAGUUUUCUCCUUUGAUCUUGUCUCAAAGGACCCAUCUGUUAUUGCCUGUGAUAUGUCAAAUACUCCGCUUGAGUCUUCAUCAGUAGAUGUUGCUGUUUUCUGCCUUUCAUUGAUGGGAACAAACUAUUCUAGUUACAUCAAAGAGGCACAUCGAGUUCUUCGUCCAAGUGGUUGGCUUCUUAUAGCGGAAGUCAAAAGCAGGUUUGAUCCAAACAAUGGAGGAGCAGACCCAAAGGACUUUGUGAAAGCAGUUUCUGACCUUGGUUUUAGCUCGUCUUUAAAGGACUUCUCGAAUAAGAUGUUCAUCUUAUUGCAUUUCAAGAAAAAGGAGCAGUUGAAUUCAAAUAAGAAGAAAAUCGAGUGGCCGGAGUUGAAAGCAUGCUUAUAUAAACGUCGAUGAUGGGUUUUCAUAUAAUGCAAGAUCACCCCAGAGUAUGUUUCAGUCACUUCCUGCUGGGUUUAUCUGAUGGAAGAUCAAACUAAGAGUAUGUUUCUUCAAUGUUGUAUUAUUUAGGCAUUACUGAUUAUCUACAAAGGCUUAGACUUUCAUCGUUCUUUGCAAAAUUUUGUACGAGAGAAUCAAAUCACAUUGGUCUUUGAGUUAAAAUGUAAGAAUUUUGUUAGACAAA